UAAAAGGAUAGCACCGAGCCGGGAGCUUCCGCGUAGCUGGGCGGCCGGUACUUGCGUUGAAACGUGACUGUGAGUGACCCCAUCUUAAAGGGGAGGGAGCCGCGGGGGACCCUAGCCCUUUAAGACAAGGCAGGCUGGGGCCUGCCCCUUUAAGGGCGGGGCGUCCGACGGCUGAAUCUGAGCCCCAGAUUACCUUGAGUUUCCGUCGCGGGCAGCGAGGAGCAGCUCCUAGGCUGGGUCCGGGUGCUUGGCGGGCGGCGGUGGCCUCAUCCCCGCUCGUCCUCCCCGGGCCCGGAGACAGCCCCGCCCCAGUCAUGCUGAGCAGCAGAGUAUGGAAGCAGCUGACUACGAAGUGCUAUCCGUGCGAGAGCAGCUGUUCCACGACCGGGUCCGCGAGUGCAUCAUCUCAAUACUUCUGUUUGCAACACUCUACAUCCUCUGCCACAUCUUCCUGACCCGCUUCAAGAGGCCUGCUGAGUUCACCACAGUGGAUGAUGAAGAUGCCACAGUUAACAAGAUUGCGCUGGAGCUGUGCACCUUUACCCUGGCAGUCGCCCUGGGUGCCGUCUUACUUUUGCCUUUCUCCAUCAUCAGCAAUGAGGUAUUGCUCUCGUUGCCAAGGAACUACUAUAUCCAGUGGCUCAACGGCUCCCUCAUCCAUGGUCUUUGGAACCUCGUUUUUCUCUUCUCCAACCUGUCUCUCAUCUUCCUUAUGCCCUUUGCGUAUUUCUUCACAGAGUCUGAGGGCUUCGCUGGCUCCAGAAAGGGUGUCCUGGGCCGGGUCUACGAGACAGUGGUGAUGUUGAUACUUCUCACUCUGCUUGUGCUGGGCAUGGUGUGGGUGGCGUCAGCCAUUGUAGAUAAUGAUAAGGCCAGCAGGGAGUCGCUCUAUGACUUCUGGGAGUACUACCUCCCCUACCUCUACUCCUGCAUCUCCUUCCUCGGAGUGCUCCUGCUCCUGGUGUGCACUCCACUAGGUCUCGCCCGCAUGUUCUCUGUCACUGGGAAGUUGCUGGUCAAGCCCCGGUUACUGGAAGAUCUGGAGGAACAGCUGAACUGUUCGGUGUUUGAGGAGGCAGCUCUGACUCGAAGAAUCUGCAUGUGUUCUCUGCCCUCAGAUCCCACCUCCUGCUGGCUGCCUUUAGACAUGGAGCUGCUGCACAGACAGGUCCUGGCUCUGCAGACCCAGAGGGUCCUCUUGGAAAAACGGCGGAAGGCUUCAGCCUGGCAGCGGAACCUGGGCUAUCCUCUGGCCAUGCUGUGUCUGCUGUUGCUGACGGGCCUGUCUGUGCUUCUUGUGGCCAUCAACAUCCUGGAGCUGCUCAUUGACGAGGCUGCCAUGCCACGGGGCAUGCAGGAUGCCUCCCUGGGCCAGGUCUCCUUCUCCAAACUGGGAUCCUUUGGUGCCAUCAUCCAGGUUGUGUUGAUCUUUUACCUGAUGGUGUCCUCGGUCGUGGGCUUCUACAGUUCUCCACUCUUCCGAAGCCUGAGGCCCAGAUGGCAAGACACAGCCAUGACACAGAUAAUUGGGAAUUGUGUCUGCCUCUUGGUCCUAAGCUCAGCACUUCCUGUCUUCUCCCGAACCCUUGGGCUGACUCGCUUUGACCUGCUGGGUGACUUUGGACGCUUCAACUGGCUGGGCAAUUUCUACAUCGUGUUCCUUUAUAAUGCAGCCUUUGCUGGCCUCACCACACUCUGUCUGGUGAAGACCUUCACUGCAGCUGUGAGAGCAGAGCUGAUCCGAGCCUUUGGGCUGGACAGGCUACCCUUGCCUGUCUCUGGUUUUCCCCGGGCUUCCAGGAAGAAACAGCACCAGUGACCUCCUGCUAGGGGUUGAGAAGGAGAAAACUGGAGGCAAGCCAGGGUGGUUGGACCUCAGGACCAGGAAUCUGAGAGGGUGGUUGGAGGAGGGAACUGAACCACCUGACUGCUGUAUAAUCUGAGCCAGAGUUUGGGACCAGCCUCCUGCCUUUUCAGAUGUAGCUGUGGCCUCAGCACGAGGUGAGCUGGGGGACUGGCUCUAGUUCCUGGUCCCAAAUCCGUUUACACAUCAAUCUGCCUCAAUCCUGUUCCAGGCCAUGCCUGAAGCCUUGUUUACAUAAUGAUGUGCAAUAGGGUGGGUGGGAGUGGGAAGGGCCCGGCUGGGGUGCGGUGGAGACCCAGCAGAGCCUAAGCACUGUGUUAUCCUAUGGAGGGGCUUUGGACCACUGGAGAGACCAAGGUGCAGUGAGGGAGAGCUGCGCCCCUCAGCAAUAAAGUUCAUCCCAGGGUUCUCUUGGUUUUUUAUAAAGAGCCUGUCUCUGUGUCUAUACCACUUGUCCUGGCUGGUCCUGAGUACCCAGGAGAAGCCUUCCUUCCCCUCUGCGCUUCCAAUGCAGAGAUGAUAUUCUUCCCUUACCUUUACUUCAAGUUGGCCUACACCUUCAACCCCAGCACUCAGGAGUCGGGUUCUCUGAUUUUUUUGAGGUUAACCUAGUCUACAUUGCAAGUUCCAAACCAGCCAAGAUUACACGGUGAGACAUUUAAAAAAAAAAAAUGUCCCAGCACUCGGGAGGCAGAGGCAGGUGGAUCUCUGUGAGUUCGAGACCAGCCUGGUCUACAAGAGCUAGUUCCAGGACAGGCUCCAAAACCACAGAGAAACCCUGUCUCGAAAAACCAAAAAAAAAAAAAAAAAAAUGUUGGCUAGUCUCCUGGAUGCACCCUAUUACUUGGGGUUUUGUUUAUAUGCCUGGGGAAUUGGGGUGCUAGGGAAUGGGCACUAAUAGGAGACCCAUCCUUUGUUCACCCUCAGCCCUGACCGGGACCCAUACUUAACAAUUAGCUGUAGAGUAAAGUGAUUGGCUAGCAGUGUUUUGUAGUUUUGUU